AUGUCUGCCAAAAUUGUGAUCUGUCUGGCUGUGUGCGUGUUCGGUGCGGCAUCCGCCGGUCUGGUUCCGGUUGCGGCACCACUAGCGGCCGCAGGAGUCGUCGCCCCGUACGCCACCUCUUACAACGCACACACCGUCAAUCACGCUGUGGCGGCACCAGUCGUUGCGGCCACCCCAGCCGUAGUUCCGGCGGCCAGGUUUGUUGCCCCAGCUGUGGCCCCAGCCGUGGCUCCGGCACUCGCUUACAGCGCCUACACGGCCGCAGGUCUGCCAGCUUUCAGCCCGUACGCGUACACCGGUCUGCCGGCUCCGUACGUCUUCUAA